AUGACUUGUCAAAUAUUUGCUGAAAUUUUAGAAAAAAUUCUAGAAAAUUUAGAAGAUGAUAAAAACACAUUAUUUUCUUGUAUGUUAGUAAACCGUUAUUGGUGUAAACUUGCCGUUAGAAUUCUUUGGUCAAAACCUUUUCAUCUUUCUUAUUCUCCAAAACUUGUUCGUUCUUAUCUUCCUUUUUUUCCUCCUGAUUCAAAAGUAACUAUCGGUCUUAAUCAUUCUUUUCAACCUUUUCAAAAAUCAAAUCCUCCUUUAUUUGAUUAUCCUUCUUUCAUACGUAGAAUUUCGGUUUAUUAUAUGUGUUGUGGAAUAAGAUCUUUUAUUUUAGAUAUUCAAUUUCGUGAUCAAGGUGAUUCAAAACAACGUAGAUAUACUGAUGCUGAAUGGAUUUUAUUCACUCGUCAAACUCAAAAUUUAUCUAGAGAAUUAUUCAAAUUAUUUUUAACUAGAUCUCCAAAUAUACUUAGUCUCAAUCUAGCUAUGCAAGAACGUGAUUUUUGUUUACGUGAAAAUCCAAACAAAUUUCUUGCUUUAGAUCGUUACAAAUCUGCAAAAUUCGCUUUAAGUAAAUUACGUCAAUUUAGUUCUGGUGGUGAAGGAAAAAAAUUUUAUGAAAUAUUAUCAAAAUUUUGUCAUAAUAUUAAAUCUUUUAAUAUUAUUUAUAAUUUUGGUGAUUAUUGUAAAUUUGAGAAUUUAAUUAAAUCUCAAAAAAAUUUAGAACAUUUACAAAUUCAUCAUAUGUCUUCUCUAAAGGAAAUAUUAAAUUCUUUAGAAUCUCAAUUUAUGUCUUUAAGAACUUUGGAAUUUUGGGAUUGUGUUUUUACUGAUACUUCUUUAGAUUAUGUUUCAAAAUGUUUUAAACUUGAAAGAAUUAUUUUUCAUUAUUGUUCAAAUUUAACUGCUGAAUUAUUAUAUCCAUUAAGUUUAGCUAAAUUUCAAAAUAUUAAAACUAUUUAUUUUAGAUUUAAAGAACGUCUUGAUCAUAAGGAUAGACCAAUAGAUGAAUUAGCAAACUUAAUAGAAAUUUCAAAUUCUACUUUAUCCGAUUUAUAUAUACAAGGUAUUGGAUAUCCAUCAAUAAGAAUUUUUCAAGCAAUAGUAAAUUGUAAAAAUUUACAAAAACUUUCAAUUCAAAUUCAAAUACUUGGUGAAUUUCCUUUAUUAUUACAUAUUAUGAAAAGUUGUAAAAAAUUACAUUCAAUUUCUGUACAAGAAAAUCCUAAAUUUUUUGUAGAAAAUUUCUUUUUACCUCCAACAUCUAGUGGUUCAAUUGGAAAUUCCAUGGAUUCUUAUUUAGAUGCAAACGAAUUUUUUCCUCAAAUUUCUCAAAUACUUAAUGAAGAUGUUAAUCAUUUAGUAUUAAAUUUACCUAAUUGUUGGAUUACUCCUGAAACUUUACGAUUAUUUUUAAAUAAUUGUAAGGCAAAUUUAGAAUAUUUAAGAUGGCAAAGUUUUCAUAAUAUUCAAUUAUUUGUGGAAAUUGUUGAAGAAUAUGGUAGAAAGAUGGGAAAAGAAAUAAAAUAUGGAAAUUGGAAAUGGGAACAAUUUAGAGAUAACGUGGCAUCCAAAAAAACGAGACUUGCUGUACUUAACGCAUAUAAAUAUCUGUUAAAAACACAAAAAGAAACAUUUAAUGGAGACUUCUUGGCAAUAUCUGAAGCGAGACGCAAAACACGUGAAGAAUUUUUAAAAAAUAAAAAUGAAACAGAUGAAAUAGAAAUCAAUAACCAAGUUAAUCAAGCACUAGAAGCAGCUGAAUUUAUAAAGUCAAAUGUUAUCCAAGCUGUAUUUGACGAAAAAGCAAACAGAUUCAAGGCAAAAAUAACUGAGAAUACCGAACUGGGUGAUAAUGAAUCAAUCAAAAAUCCACUAUCUAUUAAGGAAUUAAAAGAAAAAAUGAAGUGUGAAAGUUAA